AUGUCCUCGCAUGAAUAUUACGUUGACCCUUUUGGUCUGCCGGGAGAUGGUUCGGCAGCCGCCGGAGACGCCUUUGCCAUGGAGCUCGUUGAUGAUUGUGUGUCACACUUUCCGCCACGGGAACCUGAACAACCCUCUAACGCCUCACUUUACCCUGACGGUGAAGCUGUUACGAAAGCUUAUAGAGAGCAGACGGCAUUUACCGGUGGUAGGUUCGAAGACAGCGACAAUCUCCUCUGGCAAGAUACCCAAGCGCAACCCAUUUUUGACCCAAGCCAUGGUGGCGAUUCGUCCAACUUGCAAACAGGCUUAGGUCCAGCGGUACGAUCGAUCGGCCACCCUGCCGACAGCCAGUUUCAACAUGAAUCUUCAUCCAGUCGGCCGCAACACCCAGCGGGAUUAGAUGUACAUCCGGCACCGUCGAACGAAAAUGAAAAGAGUCAUCAAAAUGAUAUAAGAAGCUCGCGUCCAGAAGAAGCAGGCUCUGGGUUGAUACAAAAGGCUCUUCCAUAUUCCGUGUCAGACUCUGGCCCUACAGCAAAUGUAGCGUCCUAUUAUGGACCGCUCGGCAUAAAUAACCCUGAAGCUGCCUCACAACAACAUACCACUGAUUCAAGCUUUGUGCGGCCAUGGAAAGAAAAUGGAAACCUUCUAGGACUGGGACCUGGCAACAUCCGCGCAUCAGAGGGUUCCGUGUCAGAGGCACCGCAUUCACUUACAAACGUCACGGCUGAGUCCGAUUCGUUUUGGGCCAGUGAUGGCGCGUCAUUUGUAUCACAAAACCCCGGGUAUCCUUACAAGGGAGGCAAUCUUGAGCCGGGAACGCCGGCCACGCCACAAACCGGGCGAUAUCUACAUCCAUCCUCGUCAAGUGCAAGUUAUCGUGACGCACCUAGAGGCUCACAUAGCUCAGGAAACAGAAAAAGGAGAGCCUCGUCGCUAUCAGCUGGCAAUGUCUCACGCCAGGUGUCGAGAGGGGGGUUGCCAGCAGCCUUUAGGAGGGCAAAUAGUCAGCGUUCUAGCCAGGAGCAUUCCCAAGGCGACAAUGACUUCGGUGAGCGUCCCUGGGCUUGCCCAUUGGCACAGAAAUGUGGUAAUUCCAGCCAUCGGUGUUAUGGAUGGACCUUCGCCGACGUCUCACGCGUCAAGCAGCAUCUGAACAGGGAUCAUGCUUCAGAGAUCACGGAAGACCAGUUCAAAAAGAUAAGUGUCCGCAUGCCGACCAAAGACGUGGAAUCUUGGAAAAAAAUAUUUCGCAUUCUCUUCCCCGAAAGUGAACAACUACCAAGUCCGUUCUUUAAUGCUCAGUUUGAUGUUCAACAUCGAAUCAGCCCAGAAAGCCUAAGAGAUCAUCUGUUAUCAAGGGUAGAGAACCUAGACCACAUGUCAUCUGAACAAAAGGAAGGGUUUAGACGAUUCAUUGCGGAAACUUCACACACCUUUUUGCACCAAGCACGUCAUGAUUCCCGGCAUGACCCCAAAGAACCAAGUGCCUAUUACGGCCUUGGAUCGGGUCCGCAGCAACAGGGAAACCUAGGAAACAUACAGCACCCGUCACAGAGCUUUGGGCAACGUACAGAGGCAUAUCCGAGUGUGCUACCAGAUGAAGUCGCCAGGGGAGGGCCGCUGCGAGGUGUGGGCGAUGGGAACGUCAUGCUUUCUGGGCAAGAUGAACAGCAACUACCAUUUGGGCAUACUACUGGGUUUAAUACAGAAACCCCAACUGUGCCGGCCAAUUCAAUUGACCUCCAGUCGAUAUCUGUGUUUACAAACACGGCCGGCGAUUAG